AAACUAUUUAUACAUAUAUUACCAUUAGAUUCUCCUAUUUAAAAUAUGAAGAAAGAUAUAGAUAUGUCAUUAAAUGAAAAACAAUUCAUUAUUGAAGCUUUAAAUAAUAAUAUUAGACUGGAUGGCAGAGAAUUUAAUGCCUGGAGAGAUCUAAACCUGAGAUUUGGUAAUAAUUAUGGACAAGUAGAGGUAUCACUUGGAAAGACGAGAGUUUUUGUCUGUAUCUCAGCAGAAAUUACAGAACCUUAUCCAGAUAGACCUUAUGAAGGGAUAUUUAUGAUUGACAUAGAGUUAACAUCAGUAGCCCAAUCGUCAAUUGAGUCAGGAAGAUCAUCAGAAGAAACACAGAUUAUUAGUGUUAUUGAUAAGGCGAUAAAGAAAUCUCGUAUGCUCGAUAAAGAAUCGUUAUGUAUUGUUUAUGGACAUUAUUGUUGGAGUAUACGUGCAGAUGUUCAUUAUUUGAACCAUGAUGGUAAUCUUAUAGAUGUAACAUGUAUUGGAGUAGUAGCAGCAUUGCUUCAUUUUAGAAAGCCGGUUGUUAGUGUGAAGGGAGAUGAAGUUAUUAUUCAUCCUAUGGAGGAGCGAGUUCCUGUUCCUCUAGUUCUAACACAUAUUCCAAUAUGUGUUACUUUUAGUUUUUUUAAUAAAGGACAAAUAUUACUUAUGGAUACGACAUUACAAGAGGAAAGGUUAAGAGAGGGAUGUAUGAUUAUUACUUUAAAUAAAAAUAAAGAAAUUUGUCAAAUAUCAAAACCAGGAGGAAUUACUGUAGAAACAUCAGAUAUUUUUAAAUGCCUAGAUCUUGCAUUGAAAAAAACAUUAGAAAUUACAAAUUAUCUUAAUAAGAAAUUAGAAGAAAAUGAACAAAUUAAUGGAUACAUAUAAUAAUGAAAUCAAGAAUAAAUAUACGGCACAUGUUUGCGUGUUUUAU